AUGAACUUACUUUUUGAUUUGACGCAAUCAGUUUUCAAUGUUUUCAAGCAGUCGGCUGACUAUUUUUCGCGGUAUGUAGAACAAAUCGUUCACUACUGGGAAAAGCGAGUUGGCCACUUUGAGGACGUGAAUUCUCAAAUGUGCAGUUCACGGUACCCGCGCACUUUGAGCCAUUUAGGCCGCCUUCCCUGCAUUGUCAAAGCUCUUUGUGAUCAGCGAGACGACCUCACUGGCGCAGAUCUAAAAUGUCUAUUGCAGGAUCAGUGGGUAGAAGCCAAAGAAGCCUUCGAAUCCAUUAUUAGCGUCAUAAACUCGCAGACAUUGCAUGGAGAGUCAGCAAACCGUCGCUCAAAGCGAAGACGCAAGAGCGUAAACGAACACUUUCAAAUGGAUGAGAUCGAGCUGGACAGACGAACUUACAAUUACCUGAAAAAUACAACUGAGCGAUGCAUAAUCUCAAAGGAAGAAAUUGAACUGACUAAUCUCAUGUGUCACAACGUAUUCAUCUGCAAGGAGGAACAGUGUGCACUUCCUCAGCCGUCAUCUGAUGUGAUCUACAGGGUCUGCGCCAAAAAUGGCACACCUAAGGGACACAAUUGUAAAAUUGAAGACAACGAAGAAAUUACUGCCGCCAUUCGCUACAAGCAAAAAAUUUUUACGAAUUACAACCUGCGCCAUCCCUGA